UCAUUCCUGUUCGCUCGGUCACAAAACUUUCCCCGCUGAGUUGCAGCACAGAAGCCCGAGCAGGGCAACAGGGACGCCGGUCAUUUUACUGGACAGCACCGCAGAGACUUACUGACGUGGAAACAUGCCUCUGCGGCUGGACAUCAAGCGGAAGCUGACCGCUCGGUCGGACCGGGUGAAGAGCGUAGACCUGCACCCCACCGAGCCCUGGAUGGUGGCCAGCCUCUACAGCGGCACCGUGGUGGUCUGGAACCAUGAGUCACAGAUGAUGGUGAAGACCUUUGAGCUGUGUGACCUUCCUGUCAGAGUGGCCAAGUUUGUUGCCAGGAAACACUGGGUCAUUGCUGGAGCAGAUGAUAUGCAGAUCCGUGUGUUCAACUACAACACUCUGGAGCGAGUUCACAUGUUCGAGGCUCACGCUGACUACAUCCGCUGCAUCGUGGUCCACCCCACCCAGCCCUACAUCCUCACCAGCAGCGAUGAUAUGUUGAUCAAGCUGUGGGACUGGGACAGAAAGUGGUCGUGUAGUCAAGUGUUUGAGGGACACACUCACUAUGUCAUGCAGAUUGUCAUCAACCCAAAAGAUAACAACCAGUUUGCCAGCGCUUCUCUGGACAGAACUAUUAAGGUUUGGCAGCUGGGCUCCAGAACUGCCAACUUCACUCUGGAGGGCCACGAGAAGGGGGUGAACUGCAUCGACUACUACAACGGAGGAGACAAACCCUACCUCAUCUCAGGAGCUGACGACCGCCUGGUCAAGAUCUGGGACUACCAGAACAAGACCUGUGUUCAGACCCUGGAGGGUCACGCCCAGAAUGUGACCUGCGUGAAUUUCCAUCCGGAGCUGCCGAUCAUCCUGACAGGCUCUGAGGACGGAACGGUUCGCGUGUGGCACUCCAACACCUACCGGCUGGAGAACACUCUCAACUACGGCCUGGAGAGGGUGUGGUGUAUCUGUGGCCAGCCCGGCUCCAACAGCGUGGCUCUGGGCUAUGAUGAAGGCAGCAUCAUCAUCAAGCUGGGUCGGGAGGAGCCGGCCAUGUCCAUGGACGCCAGCGGGAAGGUCAUGUGGGCUCGCCACUCCGAGGUGCAGCAGGCCAACCUGAAGGCCAUGGGAGACACGGAGGUCAAAGAUGGAGAGAGGCUGCCGCUGGGGGUUAAAGACAUGGGCAGCUGUGAGAUCUUCCCCCAGACCAUCCAGCACAGCCCCAACGGGAGGUUUGUGGUGGUGUGUGGAGACGGAGAGUAUAUCAUCUACACGGCCAUGGCUCUGAGGAACAAGAGCUUCGGCUCAGCACAAGAGUUCGUUUGGGCCCACGACUCAUCCCAGUAUGCCAUAAGGGAAGGCAGCAGUAUGGUCAAACUAUUUAAGAACUUCAAAGAGAAGAAAGCUUUUAAACCUGAGUUUGGGGCUGAAGGUAUCUUUGGUGGCUUCUUACUGGGAGUGAGGUCCAACAGUGGGCUGGCCUUCUAUGACUGGGAGAGUGCUGAGCUGAUCCGCCGUGUGGAGAUCCAGCCCAAACAUAUCUUCUGGUCUGACUCUGGGGAGCUGGUCUGCAUCGGUACAGACGAGUCUUUCUUCGUACUGCGCUACCUAGCAGAGAGAGUAACAGAGGCCCAGGAGGCCAAGGAGGAGAUCACGGAGGACGGGAUAGAGGGCGCCUUUGAGGUGCUGGGGGAGGUCCCGGAGGUGGUGAAGACAGGACUUUGGGUGGGUGACUGCUUCAUCUACACCAGCUCUCUGAACAGACUGAACUACUAUGUUGGAGGAGAGAUUAUCACUAUCGCUCACCUGGACAGGACCAUGUAUCUGCUGGGCUACAUCCCUAAGGACGACCGUCUCUACCUGGGAGACAAGGAGCUGAACAUCAUCAGCUACUCCCUGCUGCUGUCCAUGCUGGAGUACCAGACGGCCGUCAUGAGGAGGGACUUCACCACCGCCGACAAGGUCCUACCCACAAUCCCCAAGGAGCAGAGGACCCGGGUAGCCCACUUUCUGGAGAAACAGGGCUUCAGACAGCAGGCCCUGGCCGUGUCCACAGACCCAGAACACAGGUUUGAACUGGCCCUGCAGCUGGGAGAGCUCAAGAUAGCCUACCAACUGGCCCUGGAGGCAGAGUCAGAGCACAAAUGGAAGCAGCUGGCAGAGCUCGCCACCACAAAGUGCCAGUUCAGCCUGGCUCAGGAGUGUCUGCACCAGGCUCAGGAUUACGGGGGAUUACUGCUGUUGGCCACCGCCUCGGGCAACACCAGCAUGGUGGGCAAAUUAGCCGAGGGGGCCGAGAGGGACGGGAAGACCAACGUGGCCUUCCUCACCUACUUCAUGCAGGGACGAGUGGACAAAUGUCUGGACCUUCUCAUCGCAACAGAUCGGCUGCCAGAGGCUGCAUUUCUGGCACGGACAUAUCUGCCCAGCCAUGUGUCGAGGGUGGUGAAGCUGUGGAAGGAGAGUCUGUCCAAGGUGAACCAGAAGGCAGCAGAUGCUCUGGCUGACCCCUCGCAGUACAGCAACCUGUUCCCCGGCCUCCAGCAAGCCUUGCUGGCUGAAGAGUACCUGAAGGAGACUCAUGUCGGGGUCAGGCCGGCUGCAGAGUACCCCCUCAUCAUGCCAAAUGAGGACCGUAAUGUCCUGGAGGAAUCUGCAAGUUUUGUGUCCAAAGGAGGGACCAUUGAGCCAGAGGAAGUGGUGCUGAGCGUAAAUGAAACAGUCAUGGCAGCAGCACUGACGGAGCAUGCACCUGCAGAACCAGCAGCACUAACGGAGCAUGCACCUGCAGAACCAGCAGCACUGACGGAGCCUGCACCUGCAGAACCAGCAGCACUGACGGAGCCUGCACCUGCAGAACCAGCAGCACUGACGGAGCCUGCACCUGCAGAACCAGCAGCACUGACGGAGGCGGCACCUGCAGAACCAGCAGCAGUGAAAGUGGCUGUACCUGCAGAACCGGCAGCAGUGACGGAGGCGGCACCUGCAGAACCAGCAGCAGUGAAAGUGGCUGCACCUGCAGAACCAGCAGCAGUGACAGAGGCGGCACCUGCAGAACCAGCAGUAGCAGAGGAACCCAUUCCACUAAAACAGGAGAUCAUUGAUCCUGUUUCAGCAACAGAAGAAGAAUCCAUCCCAACCGCAGCAUCUCCUCUGCCUGUCACAGUAACAGAAGAGCAUGUUGAACCAAAGCUAGCAGAAUCUGUGUCCUCUGAGGAGGAUGAAUCAGAGGAGUCCACCACAGAGAUUCCCCCCGCAGAGCCAGAGAUGGUACAGUCCAGUCCUGAGGAAGAUGUGGUACCUUCAGUUGAGACAGCGGAUGCUGUGUCGGCUGCCUGUGUUUCUGAAACAUAUCUCAUGGAGACAACAUCGCAAACCAUCAUGGCAACAGAAGAAACAUCAAUUCAAAUAGUGGAAACAAAAACCAUAGUAACAGAGAGUGUCCUAGUCAGCACAGUAGAACCUCUAGAACCUGUGGAAGAACUGGAAGCAGCGAGCAUCACAGAUACAUCAGCAGAGGAGCCUCAUGUGUCUGGGGGAGCUGUAGCAGUAGAGGAGCUCAUCUCCUUCGAAAGCACAGCCAGUCCAGAGCACCAUGCGCCUGUCCAGGUCCAGAACUUUCCAGACUUGGCCCUUGAUCCACUGCUAGACCCUCUUCAAGCCACAAUGCCAUUAUUGAAGCCUGUCGCAGCACAGGAAACAGAUCAGGAUGAAGUUCUCCCAGUCAGGCCUGGGGACGGCCUGGAUCCUGCUGUGCCUCUGGAGCCGGAGCUGUUAGUCCCUGUAGCAGCUCCUGUAGAGCAGGAGGCGGGUCCUGAGGGAGCUGAGGAGCUGGCCGAGGACCUGGAGGCAGACAUCAACGAAGAGGCCCUGGAUGAUCUGGAUCUGGACAAUUUUGACCUGGAAGACAUCGACACAUCAGAUGUCAACCUGGAUGACGAACUCUUGAGUGAUUAGGAACCUUUCAGUUUGUUUUCAGCGACCAAAGAACUCCAGACAAUGAUAAGCUGCCAGCCUGCAUAAAAAUAUAUUUAACCUUAAGGAACCAGCAAAUGCUUUCUUGGCUGUGGACUUAAAUUGUAUAUUAAGAUGUGCGUUAUCUGUUUGUUUUUUUUUAAAUAAAUUGGCGGUACUGUACACAGCCAAGAAGGCAGGAUUGACCUCAAAUUAAUUAUUUACACUACAAAUUUGCAUUUUCAGCAAUACUGCAACAAUCAUCUUGUGGUAAGAGUUCUUUUACAUUACUAAUGUAAGUAUCAUCUGUUUACAUUAAAGAUCUAAGUGCCAUAUGCUUCACCAGCUGACUGCAGCAGCAUUGAAACUGUUGAAAAACUCCUUCUUACCUCUCUUUCCUCCUCAUACCUCACAGUGUGACACCGCUGUUGAUCACGGUGUUAUCCAGCCAUUAGGGAAUACUUUGAGUUUGAAUAUUGCUUUCAAUCUUGAAGUGAGGUUUGUUUUUUUUUAAAUAUUAGUGGCAUUUCUGAUUUAUUAGUGAGACAAACAGCAGCCUUAAGUAUCCAAUGCUGUACCUGGUGAGCUACCAGGGCACCUUAAAGUGAAAUUUAACCCUUUACUUUCCCUUAACAUUCCUGCAGGUUUUUAGCUGAUCAGAGCAGUAUUCUUGAAUUUCUAUCUGGGACAAGGCUGCCUGUGUCGUGUCAUUAUUAUACACAGUAUGCAUUAAAACAUGUUGAACAAGCCAGGACUUGGACAAAUCCAUCAUUUGGUUAUACAGGUGCAUCUCAAUACAUUUGAAUAUCAUAAAGGUUUAUUUAUGUCAGUAAUUCAAUUCAAAAAGUGGAAAUAACAUAUUAUAUAGAUCCAUUACACACAGAAUGAAACAUUUAAUGUCUUUAUUUAAUUUCUUCUAAUUAUGGCUUACAUUUAUUGAAGACCUAAAAUACAGUGUCUCAAAAAAUUUGAAUAUUACAAAAGACCAAUUUUAAAAAAGUUUUGUUUCUGUCGCUUCUGCUUUGCAAGAAAAGGUUUAAUAAAAACAUGUUUUCUCUUUUUUCAGCCAACAGUGGCUCUUUUGUUUGUCAUUUUAGCCCUACAAUGAAGAUAAAACAGCCUACUAAAUCUAAAUUAGUCUACUAGCAUUACAAAUAGGUCAUUAUAAGCAUUUUAUAAAGUAUGUUUAAUAUGGAAAUGUUGUCCUCUGAAAAGUAUGUCCAUCUAUAUGACUAAAUACUUGGUUGGGGCUAUUUGACUUGAACUACUGGAAAUGGACUUUUCCAUCAUAUUCUAAUGUAUUGAGAUGCACCUUUAGUGUCUUUGUUACCUCUUUGUUGUUGAUGUGUAAUAGUUUGGUGCAUGUUUACUUUUUAAAAACCUGAACUGUAGAUAAACUCCAGUUUCUGUUACAUGUGCCAUGUUUCCCCUUUUCUUUUGUUAAAAGGAUGGAUGGUACAAUGUAUCCAGACUUGACAAAUGAAAUAAAUGAGGUUAAGUCUA